AUGGCGGCCUCGGAGGCGGCGCCCGCUCUGGCUGAGGACGCGGGGUCGGCGCCCUGGGCGCAGCUGGACGCCCCCGCCCGGUUCCUGCUGCAGGCGCUGCAGUCGGGGCCGGAGGGGGCGUGGCGCGGCCUGGGGCUGCUGCGGGCGCUGGGCAGUCGCGGCGAGGAACCCUUCUGCUGGGGCCGCGUCCUGGAGGCGCUGUGCCGGGAGGAGCCCGUCGUGGAGGGCCCGGACUGUCGCCUGGAGCUGAGGCCACUGCUGCUGCGAUUGCCCCCGUUAUGCCAGAGGAACCUGAUGUCCCUGCUGAUGGCCGUCCGGCCCUCGCUGCCCGAGAGCCGCCUGCUCCCGGUGCUGCAGAUUGCACAACAAGCGCAACAAGCCGACGCCUGGCUCCGGGCCCUGGGGCAGUUGCUGCGGAGGGACCUGAGCGCCGGGGUAGCGGUUGAGGGAGCGGGCCCCCUGUCUACACGCUGCCAGAGAGAGCUCCAGGGCCUGUGUGGGCGGCUGUGCCAGGGAGGCCGGAGGCUGCAGUUAGCCCAGGCUCCCGUUCCCGACGAGGAAGAGAAGGAGGGCCAGGACUCCCCGCGGCCUGGGAAACGCAGAAAGGGGCCAGAGGAAGAGCCUGCCAGUCCUGAGGGCCAGAGGGCCCCCAAAAGGUUCCGGCGUUUGGAAAGGGAAGGGGAAGGAGGUCAGGAGGAGGAGAGACGUGAAACUGAAUCUUUGGAGACCCGGGCAGAUGGAGGAGGUGCCUCACCCAUCAAGAACCAGCCUGUCGGAGCCGAGCCCAGGGAGGCUGGUCAGAGUCUGGAGGAGGCUCAGGGCCUAGCCGAGAAUUUGGAGUUGCCCAAAGCUGUCCAGGACCAGGUUCCCAGGCUGCAGCAGCUGCUCAAGACCUUCGGGGAGGGGUCGGAGGGCGCCCCCCCGCCUGAGCUGCAGCUUCUCCACGAAUGCAGUCCUAGCCAGAUGGACCUGCUGUGUGCCCAGCUGCAGCUCCCGCAGCUCUCGGACCCAGCUCUCCUGCAGCUCUGCACCUGGCUCCUGUCCAUUUCACCAGAUCUUAGCCUUAGCAAUGCGACCGUUCUGACCAAGAGCCUCUUCCUUAGACGGAUUCUCUCCCUGACCUCCUCAGCCUCCCGCCUGCUCAUGACUGCCCUGACCUCCUUCUGUGCCAAGUAUGCCUAUCCUGUCUGCAGAGCCCUUCUUGGCCCCGUGCUCCAGGCCCCAGGAACAGGUCCAGCUCAAACAGAGUUAUUGUGUUGCCUUCUGAAGGAUGAGGCCCUGGAGCCAGACAUGCAGCUUCUAAUGCUGGGACAGAUCUUGGAGCUGCCCUGGAAAGAGGACACUUUCUUGGUGUUGCAGUCACUGCUGGAGCGGCAGGUGGAGAUGACCCCUGAAAAGUUCAGUGUGUUGAUGGAGAAGCUCUGUAAAGAGGGGCCAGUGGCCACCACAUCUGUGGCCUAUGCCAAGCUCAUGCUGACGGUGAUGACCAAGUAUCAGGCCAGUAUCACUGAGAUCCAGAGGCUGGGCCUGGCCACAGCCCUAGAGCUCAACACCACUUUCCUGAGGAAGUCCCUGAAGGCCGCCCUGAGACAUCUGGCCCCCUGA